AUGUGCAAGCCAUUUAAAGAAUUGGAAACUGUUCGACAUCGCGAGCACAGGAUGGUCCUGAGGGACUACAUUGGGGCUAUCACGCGUAACUCUAUCCGGCUUCUGGCGAGAAGAGGGGGCGUCAAGCGCAUGUCCAAACCAGUCUAUGAGGAGGUGCGAGUUGUCUUGAAGAAGUUCUUGGAUAACCUUAUCGCUGACGCUGUGAAGUACACCGAGCUAGCCAAGAGGAAGACGGUCACAACGAUGGACGUUGUGUAUGCUUUGAAGAAGCAGGGCCGUGUUCUGUACGGCUUUGGGGGUUGAGACGUGUGAAAUACGUCACUCUGCUUCGGGAUCCAAUCCUUUUGUCGAAAAAAAUGGAUUCAAAUCUGAUUUCGGACUUUUAACUUUUUAAUAGCGACUGGUGUCGAAUAAAUACUUUCUAUUUAUCAUCUAA